AUGGCGCCGCCUGCCCUCCCCAACUUCGAUUCGUUCACCGAAUCCUGGCAUAGCGAACCAUAUCCCUUCAUCUCGCCAAAGAGACAGGAACUUUCAGCAGCAGGAAGAAACGUUGUCAUCACAGGCGGAGGCACAGGAAUUGGCAAGGCCAUCGGUAUUGCCUUUGCUCAAGCUGGCGCGCAGUCUGUAGCCAUUAUAGGCCGCAGACUCGACCGUCUCGAAAUUGCAGCACGAGAAAUCCAGGCUGCUGGUCAUUCCACCCGUGUCUUGUUCGAAACGGGAGACGUGGAAAAACGCGAAUCGAUUGAGGCAGCGUUGGAUAGCAUCGUGGCCAAAGUCGGCAAGAUUGACAUUUUUGCCGCCAACGCUGGCAUGCUGCCGACAGAGGGCCCGGUGUCCAACUAUGAUGAAGCAGAACUUCGACGAUGCAUCAAAACAAAUAUCUUGGGCGCUUUCAAUUCAGUUCAAGCAUUUAUGCAUUGCGCAGCCCCCGGGGCCAAGCUUUUCAAUAUAGGGAGCGGCAUCGGGCAUUUGGCACCUAUGCCGGAGAUUCCUGGUGUCUUUAGCUACGCGGCGUCAAAAGCGGCAGCCUUGAAGAUAUUUGAGUACUUCGCUUUUGAGAAUCCGGGCUUUCACACUGUGAGCAUCCAACCAGGAAUUAUUGCUACUGAAAUCAACCCAAAUAUCACAGAAGGGGCCGAUCAAGUGGAACUGCCGGCUCACUUCUUGGUAUGGCUUGCAUCAAAAGAAGCCGAGUUCCUGAAGGACAAGUUUGUUUGGGCAAAUUGGGAUGCACAAGAGCUUUUGGCCCGGGCGGAUGAAAUUCAAUCUUCAAUGCUCUUGAGAGUGUCUUUGAACGGCAUUGGCAUGUAG